UAUAAAUUUAGUUUCAUUCGUUGGGAUAGCAUCAAUGAUGGGAGUGUGCCCCCCGUUCAAUGCAAAGUGUUGGUUAUGGUUCAAGGGAGCCACGCCUAGAAUUGAUGUAAACUCACCGAAGCAUUAAAGCAUUCGGAUAUAUAAAGCUACGGUAGUGACCAGUGAGUUCUUUCAGGUCGUUCACUGCUGGUUACCCAUAUUGUUCGUGUUUUCCUUAUAUGAAGUUCCAGUUUUUCUCGCUGUUUGUAUUUUUUCUCAUUAUACAUUUUAGGCAUGCCAAAUGAUGUGUGUUUCAGCUGCAGAAUGCCUGGCCACUGGGCCCGGGAGUGUCCCUACGCAACAGGCCCCCCACUGUCACACCGAGUCCGAUCCCGAGCUCAGACGGCUCUUCCCCUUGGAUACAACACUUUCCACUCCAGAGGUGUGUCGGUUCCAUGGCAAGCUCCCGCCUUUCAUCGAACAGGGUACAACUUCCUACCAGCAAUUGCGGGAACCACGCCCACAGGCUCAUUCAAGCCCGCAGAGUCAAUUGCAGCGCCAUCAACGUCAGGCUCAAGCGUCUCUUAAGGUGGCAAGCCUGUCACAUAAGUUUGCUGACGUGUUGGAGGUCAUUCGCAGUCAAGAUUUUUGGUCAAGCUUUCCCAACAGUAUAGACGCAUUCAAGGAACAAAUUUUUCAGGAUAUUUUGUUAGCCAAAGCAGAGAGUACUCUAAACAGUUAUCUUUAUAAAUGCAGAGAUUUUUUCGCUUGGUUGGUUGCUCAUAAAAUUCCUCUCCGAUUCCCAGUUCAAGACACUGUUGUUGCUGCUUUUAUCAUCGAUAAGAGUAAUUUGUCGCAAUCUGAAAGUUCAAUAAUUACGAUUUCCGCUGCAAUUAAAUGGCUUCAUUCUCUCCUGAAUAUCGAGUCAAACCCAGUAGAUUCUCCACUACUGAAACAGAUUGUAAUCAGCCAAAGAAAAUCACUGCAUAAACCCCCAGAGCAGAAGGAACCUUUAACAAUUGAUCAUGUGAGAUCUAUAGCUGAUAAAUUCGCUAAUCAAGAAAGUAGUCUCAUACAAUUAAGGACGGCUUGUUAUGUGACGUUAAUGUUUUCUCUUCUGUUCAGACACGAUGAGAUGGCACAACUAAAAGCAUGCCACAUCACUGAAUUAGAAAAUCAAGCCGGGUUGAGAAUUUUUAUUCCCCGUUCUAAAACGGACAUUUUUAGAGAUGGCAACACUACUUUUUUGUCGUGCACACAGAAUACUUACUGUCCAGUAACAAUGUUACGUAGAUAUAUGCAUCAAUGUGAUAUACAAUGUGGCGAAGAUGUGUAUGUAUUUACAGCCUUAUCAUUUCAUUCGAGCACAAAAUCUUACAAACCGGUAAAGCACAAACCUCUUAGUUAUACCAGAUGCAGGGAAAUCUUUUUAGAUGCAACGAAACAAAUUGGCAUAGAGCGUCCGCAGUCCUUUGGUUUACAUAGCAUGCGUUCUGGAGGCGCUACUCAUUUGGCCAAUAAGGGUAUAUCGGAAGAGUUAAUCAUGCAGCAUGGUAGGUGGAAAACCCAACAAGCCAAAAACAGGUACAUUAAGCGGGAUAUAGAAACUCGCUUGGCCUUAUCGAGGUCUCUGUGCGAAAAGUAA